AUGGUUGGGAACGCUUCGCAACGCAUAUGGACUGGAAUACAGUGGUUCACCACAGAGCUAUUGAACUAUAGGCAAACCAAGCACGACGUUUCUCCGGAAGAGUUCCUGGCACAUUGCAUGUCGCUCAAGAGCAAAACUCUGGAGAGGAAAGAGGCUAUUCAAACUGGCUGCUGGGAGGGAAAUGAUGAGGCACCAGUGCCAAAAGAGUGCACAUAUCGUCCCUCGGAUUCAUUGAUUUCGACAGGAGGGUUUGGAGGCAGGGAUGAGGCGCCAAUUCCACAGCCCUUCGCUUUGAUCUAG